AUGGCAACUAAUUUAAGGAGCGGAUCAAAUAAAAUAGUAUUUUAUUUCGCAGUAAUUAUGUCAAUUGGUAUUAAUUGUAAUGGAAACCAAUGUUUUAAACCAGCAACUGAUGUACCAUUAUCAGACAACUUGAGAAUGAACACUGAUUCGUUUCUUACUCGUCCGUCUUUAGGACCUGUUGAUUGUGUCAGAACAUGUAAAUUACAUUCAUUGUGUAAUUUUGUGAAUUAUAACAAACAUACACUAGAUUGUUCACUUCUGGCAAUAAAUGGAGAUUUGGUUUCCGACUAUGAUCAUAUUCAUAUUGCUGUUAUAAAGUGGAAUGAUAAUAUGCUUGACGGAUGUAAACACCACCAAUGUCCUAAUAAUACAAUGUGCAAGGCAAAUGAUCAUGUUGGAUAUGAAUGUCAAACAAUAGGAUGUAACGCAAUAUACGUUAAUAAUAUCAACCAUACGUCCUUUUCCCGUAAACCAUUAUGGAACUUUGGUGAGACGGUAGAAUAUGCCUGUACGAGGGGUUAUUUUACAGCAGAUAAUGCUACUUGUUUAACAUCGGGGAUGUGGAGUUCUUUUACUUGUCAAAGAUAUUUACAAUGUGGUGAUAAUGAUGUCUGUUCUGUGGUGGAAAAUAAACAUUACUGGAUUUACUUUAACGAAACUCAAAAACUACACAAAAUAUAUUGUGAUAAUGGUGCAUCUUUAACGCUUUUGGAAUACAAUACGGCGACGACACCUGCAGUCAUUCGAGGUGUGGGUUCCUGCGCUUUAAUUUUCGACAUUAUGAAAGGUCAAGGGUACACAGAUUUUCAAAAGGUGAGACUCAAAUUGUUUCCUGUACACAUCAAAACUUAUCUUCUCCCGUUCACCAAUUCAACAUACACACCACAAUAUUAUGGACAUGCCACAGACUGUUAUGCCGGAAACAACAGUCAUGAAUGUGGUGUUCUUGGUAAAUUUAUCAUCAAUACUCAGGGUACUGGGUUAAGAAUUAAACCAUCGAUAAAUUGGAAGACAUAUGGUUUCAACGGAGUCAUUGCCAACAUCACCCGCUCCUAUGAUGGUAAUUAUAUAGAGGGAUAUUGCGGUGGUCAGUGUGGAGGAUGUGAACCCGACGGCAAACUUUACCUAGAGGCAGACCCCAACUAUACUCCGCCAUUCGAAUCUGCAGAGUUACCAAUUUGCAGAUAUCCACACGGGUUAUAG